AUGGCCCACCGAUACCUCCGCUUGUCAAGAGGCGGCAGGAAUCUAUUACAAAUGUUGCAGCCUCAUAACAUCAGAACAACUAACGUUAGCUGUGCACGACUGGUGAGUUGCAAGCUAGCUAAACAAACAGUCCUAGUCGAUUCUUAUUGCAUGACAAUGCAUUAUGAGUAUGUUUUGGGCAUAGGCAGGACAACGUCUUUACAUAUCGUCUGUAUAAAAUGUAGAUACUGUCGUAAUCCAACGUUAUUUUGCACGUAAAACAACCUGUCAUUCUAGCUAGGGUAACAGGCCUGCGAAUGACAUUGCCCUGGUUGGAUAACACAGCGCGAGAUUACAUCACACAUUCAAUUGUUAUUUAACGUUAGCUAGUCAACUAUCGCGUCCCAAACCAACUUUGCAACAUGUCUAGCCAGUUAGGUGUGUAUGCACGUGUAGUGAUGAUUUGCGUUCGCCAAUGUUACAUGCUGACUACGCCGGACACGCACACAUGUUGAUUUUGUCCAUCCACACCAAAUGUGAUCAGGACACGCAGGUUGAAAUAUCACAAGGAACUCUGAACAAACUAUAUUAAUUUGGGGACAGUGCGAAACGCAUAUCAAACAUUCAUGGACAUUUAGCUGGUCACACAAAAUCGUGUGUUCUCUACUCCUAAAAUUAAUCCACAGAUAAAAGGGGGAAACCCUAGUUAGUUUCAAGUAAUCUCUCCUAGCUCAGUCUUCAUCUUUUUUGGAUUUUAUAUGGUGUUGGCAACCGACUGGAGUGUGGACAUCCUUCAUUUUUCAAUCACCUAUGCGGGUAUAUGCUCCUAAAAACCAACGAGGAGAUGGGAGAGGCAGGAUUUGCAGCACGUCAAGCGUCUAAAAUAGAACCAAGUUCUGCAUCCGGUGUGGUCAGGACGUUGGUCAACGUGACAGUUCAGUGAAUGUUUAAGAUUUCAGAUGACAUUUCAGAGCGAUCAUUAAACUAGCUUAAAUAGCUAAUGAUGCUUCAGUUUUUUAUGUUAUAGUGUUACAGAUUACAGUGGGCGCACCAACCAAAAAUGUAAUGGAGCAAUAUUUCUGAGGUGUAUUCUGUGACGUUUUCACAUGCACUUGGUUUCUGUCAGUAGGACUCAAGUAAAGACAAGUGUUUCCCAACCCUAUUCUAUUCGGACUAUUCCAACACGACUACUAUUUAAAUACACCAAUGGCUUGAAAACGAGAACUAGUUGAGCAGUUGAAGGUGUGCUGCUGUUUUAAAUCGGUCAAAACAUUUAAAAUGACAGUGGGCCCCACGGAUGGAGUUGUGAAACGGUGUAUUAUUUAGUGCAACAUGACUUUUUUCCAAACAUUCUGGUCCUGUAUGGCUCAGUUGGUAGGGCAUGGCGCUUGCAACACCAGUGUUGUGGGUUCGAUUCCCGGGACCAUCCAUACGUAAGAUGUAUGCAUACAUGACUAAGUAGCUUUGGAUAAAAGCGUCUGCUAAAUGGCAUAUGUUAUGUUGAUUGUCAUCUUUCAUUUUCAAGGUCUCCAGCCAAGCAGACAGCCAGAUAGUACAUGAAAGGAGGACACUGUUUGAACAUGUAUUAGGUGCCUAUCAAAGACUCUGCUCCAAACCACCAAAAGGUAUGUACCUCGGUGUUUACUUUAUUAGGCGGCAGGUAGCUUAGUGGUUAAGAGCAUUGUGCCAGUAACCGAAAGGUCGCUGGUUCUAAUCCCUGAGCCGACUAGGUGAAAAAUCUGUCGAUGUGCCCUUGAGCAAGGCACUUAACCCUAAUUGUUAUGUAAGUCGCUCUGGAUAAGAGCGUCUGCUAAAUGACCUAUUUAUUAUUAUUAUUAUUCAUCUAGCAGAUUCCCAUUCUCUUGGAUUAUAUAUAACACAAAGCCUAAUGUAUUUAUGGGUCAUUAAAAUGAAAGGAUAAGUAUUCCAUGCUCAUAUAUGAUUUUGUGCUCUCUAAAGUUUGGUGUUCUUGCUUCAGGAUUUGAAAAAUAUUUCCCCAAUGGUCCGAAGAAUUCUCAGAAGAAUGCUCCGAAGAGCAGUGAACCCAACCCAAACAGUGGAGAAGCCAAAGGUAAUUUAAACCGCUGACAAAAUACAUUUUCCUGUCCUAUGUUGUUAGCUGGCUAAGAUCUACUGAACACUGCCCUAAUACAGUGCAUUCGGGAAGUAUUCAGACCCCUUCCCUUUUGACCACAUUUUGUUACGUUACAGCCUUAGUCUAAAAUGGAUUAAAUAAAAAUCCUCAUCAAUCUACGCACAGUACCCCAUAAUGACAAAGCGAAAACAGGUUUUUAGAAAUUUUUGCACAUUUAUUAAAAAUUAAAAACAGACCCUUUGCUAUGAGACUCAAAAUUGAGCUUAGGUGCAUCAUGUUUCCAUUGAUCAUCCUUGAGAUGUUUCUACAACUUGAUUGGAGUCCACCUGUGGUCAAUUCAAUUGAUUGGAGAUGAUUUGGAAAGGCACACACCUGUCUAUAAGGUCCCACAGGUGACAGUGCAUGUCAGAGCAAAAACCAAGCCAUGAGGUCAAAGGAUUUGUCCGUAGAGCUCCGAGACAGGAUUGUGUCAAGGCCCAGAUCUGGGGAAGGGUACCAAAACAAUUAUGCACCAUUGAAUGUCCCCAAGAACAGUGGCCUCCAUCAUUCUUAAAUGGAAGAAGUUUGGAACCAACAACACUCUUCCUAGAGCUGGCCAAACUGAGCAAUUGGGGGAGAAGGGCCUUGGUCAGGGAGGUGACCAAGAACCUGAUGGUCACUGACAGAUGGAGAACCUUCCAGAAGGACAACCAUCUCUGCAGCACUCCACCAAUCAGGCCUUUUAUGGUAGAGUAGCCAGAUGGAAGCCACUCCUCAGUGAAAGGCACAUGACAGCCCGCUUGGAGUUUGCCAGAAGGCACCUAAAGGACUCUCAGACCAUGAGAAACAAGAUUGAACUUUUUGGCCUGAAUGCCAAGCGUCACGUCUGGAGGAAACCUGACACCAUCCCUACGGUGAAGCAUGAUGGUGGCAGCAUGCUGUGGGGAUGUUUUUCAGCGGCAGUGACUGGGAGGCUAGUCAGGAUCGAGGAAAAUAUGAACGGAGCAAAGUACAGAGAGAUCCUUGAUGAAAACCUGCUCCAGAGCGCUCAGAACCUCAGACUGGGUCGAAGGUUCACCUUCCAACAGGACAACAACCCUAAGCACACAGCCAAGACAACGCAGGAGUGGCUUCGGGACAAGUCUCUGAAUGUCCUUGAGUGGCCCAGCGAGAGCCCGGACUUGAACCCGAUCGAACAUCUCUUGAGAGACCUGAAAAUAGCUGUGCAGCGACGCUCCCCAUCCAACCUGACAGCGCUUGAGAUGAUCUGCAGAGAAGAAUGGGAGAAACUGCCCAAAUACAGGUGUGCCAAGCUUGUAGCGUCAUACCCAAGAAGACUCAAGGCUGUAAUCGCUGCCAAAGGUGUUUCAACAAAGUACUUAGUAAAGGGUCUGAAUACUUAUGUCAAUGUGAUAUUUAAUAUAUUUUAUAAUUUUUAUAAAUGGAAACAUUUUCUAAAAACCUGUUUUUGCUUUGUCAUUAUGGGGUAUUGUGUGUAGAUUGAUGAGGGGUAAAAAACAAUUUAAUCAAUUUUAGAAUAAGGCUGUAACGUAACAAAAGGUGGAAAAAGUCAAGGGUUCUGAAUUCUUUCCGAAUGACCAGUAUGUUGUGAUUUAACAAAAUGUUAACAUUUCCAGUUUUUUAGAUGAGCUAUGUCAUCAUGCAAAACAUAUCUAUGGAAGCCUCUGUGAACUACUGCACUACACCAAUUCCAUGUUCUAAACAGAGGGCUGACUUCGGUUUUAGUCUGAAAACUGAUGUGUCUAUCCGCCUUCUCAGAGGCCAAGCCAACAACCAAUGCACAGAAGGCCACUGGUAGAUCUAGUGGAGGAGGUGGAGGAGGAGGAGGUGGUGCCUCGGGCGGAGGAGGAAAAAGAUCCAGGAAGGAUGAGUCCCAUUGGUAUAGCCGGCUUCAAAAGGUGAGAAUCAACACCUAAAACCUGGGCUGAAGUUGACUUAAUAUGUUUUGGGUAUUUGGAGCAUGCUAACCAAGGUCCUACCACUCCUACCAUUGUUUUUUGCACUACUCUUAGCAUCAUGUCAAUGCUAAAGUGUUGUAAACAAACCCAACUCCAACAGGACAAUAUAGUGCGCAGAGCAAAUGAGACAACUGCACUGUUGGAGCUAGAAACACAAGCAUUUCGCUACACCCGCAAUAACAUCAGCUAAAUAUGUGUAUGUGAUCAAUAAAAUUUGAUUUGAAAACGACAGUGAAAUUGGUUGUUAUUAGUAAUUCUUCCGCAACGUGUUUAUCUUUAGGGUGACGUGCCAUGGGACGACAAGGAGUUCCGAAUGUACUUCCUGAGUGGUGCCGCGUUUUGGACCACGGUCACGUACUACUUCUUUUUACGGGAAGGCGGGAGAGAGGUCACUUGGAAAGACUUUGUCAAUAACUACCUCUCGAAAGAAGUCGUAAGUAUUCUAUUGGUAUCAUUGGUAGGAAAAUAGUGUGUAAUUUGUAACAAUGUGAGGUAUUGUGUUAGGCUAGAGGUUAGAUUUCAGUUUGCUCGAUGUGUGGAUUUGAAUCUGAUGAUUUGUCCACUUCUUCUGUUGACCAUCUCACAUUCAGUGACUUCAAUUUUGAUAUUUUUUUCUCUCUAGGUUGACAGAUUGGAGGUAGUAAACAAGCGUUAUGUGAAAGUGGUAUUUACACCCGGAAAGACUCCAGUUGAUGGAGUAAGUUAUAAAUAUUUGUACCCCGUGGAAUUUUUUAUAUAUAUUUUUUAUAUUCAUGUGUUCGCUUCCUUAACUUGUUAGAACAAACUUAGUAAUGAGUGGUUUGUAAAAAAAUUUUGUACCCAGCAAUACGUGUGGUUCAACAUCGGCAGCGUGGACACGUUUGAGCGGAACCUAGAGACAGCUCAGUAUGAGAUGGGUAUCGAGGGGGAGAACCGUCUGCCAGUGGUGUACUCCGCUGAAAGCGACGGGUAUGUUGGACAUUAGACCUUUAGUAUGAGAUGCUCCCAAAGUGGCCCAGUAGCACAUCUCUCUUCCCCCCCCCACCUCAGGUCGUUCCUUCUCAGCAUGCUGCCCACCGUGCUCAUCAUCGGCUUCCUGCUCUUCAUGCUGAGGCGGGGGCCAGCGGGAGCGGGCCGACCGGGCGGCCGGGGCAUGGGCGGACUAUUCAGUGUCAGCGAGACCACGGCCAAGGUGCUGCGUGACGAGAUCGACGUUAAGUUCAAGGACGUGGCGGGCUGCGAGGAGGCCAAGCUGGAGAUCAUGGAGUUUGUCAACUUCCUCAAGAACCCCAAGCAGUACCAGGACCUGGGCGCCAAGAUCCCCAAGGUGAGCCGACAGGAGAGAACUUUGUUUAUAAGCAUAAACAAUAUGUAUGAGCAUUUUAUGAAAAUUCCACUUAGCCUAUCAUAGGGCCAGGUGGAGCUACCAUCAUAUUGCCUAUAGAUAUCAUUAAAAAAAAAAUCAGAUCUCUUCAGGGGAUAGGGACAGGAGGUUAUUUCUGGGAGUAAGUCAGUAAUGAGCAUGUUCCAUAGCGUUGAUAUGUUAUAGCAAUCUUCUGGGAUGCACAGCAAUCAUGACUGCAAAAACCAACAACCUGGAACACCACCAAAGUCAUACUCUUCUCUGUCACAGGGGGCCAUCCUGACGGGACCCCCUGGCACAGGGAAGACCCUGCUGGCCAAGGCCACUGCCGGAGAGGCCGACGUCCCCUUUAUCACCGUCAACGGCUCAGAGUUCCUGGAGAUGUUUGUGGGUGUGGGCCCCGCCAGGGUAAGUGGCAACACUGGAUCUUGGUGUCAGUAUUUGUGUCUUAGUGUGAUGCACUUCGGGUUGAUGGACAUUUCUGAUUGAUUGCGCAACGUAUUGUUCAUUUCGUCAACUGAACCUUUUUUUUCAGUCAAAGCUUAACUGUGUUCCAAUGCUCUUUCAUUUGGAAAUCCACCUGACAAAGGGAAAGUACAGCUAUCCAAUUCUUUCACAUCUACUGUACAUGAAGUGCCCUGCCCUGUCGUCCUCUCCUGUCAGCCCUGCCAAGUAGAGCCCUGCAUCUGUCAGCCCUGCCAAGUAGAGCCCUUCCCUGUCAGCUCUGCCAAGUAGAGCCCUUUCCCUGUCAGCUCUGCCAAGUAGAGCCCUUCCCUGCCAACUCUGCCAAGGAGAGCCCUUCCCUGUCAGCCCUGCCAAGUAGAGCCCUUUCCCUGUCAGCCCUGCCAAGUAGAGCACUUCCCUGUCAGCCCUGCCAAGUAGAGCCCUUCCCUGUCAGCUCUGCCAAGUAGAGCCCUUUCCUGUCAGCCCUGCCAAGUAGAGCCCUUCCCUGUCAGCCCUGCCAAGUAGAGCCCUUUCCUGUCAGCCCUGCCAAGUAGAGCCCUUCCCUGUCAGCUCUGCCAAGGAGAGCCCUGCCAAAUAGAGCCCUGUCCUAAUGUCCAGCUGACAUUCUUACUCACAAUUCUUGACAGUUGCGUCUUGCUCUCGAUUGAAAGAUUGCUGAACCAGGACUCCAGUUUAAAAGUAAUGUCAGAGAUAUGUGAUAGGCAUGGGCAGUAUCCAGAUUGUCAUACCUUCAUACCGACCUUGUGCCGUCCCGGUUUAUUGGGUAAUAUCAUCACUGAACACAAGGGGCGCUAUUUUUAAUCCGAAGGUUAGCAAUGCAAACAAGUACAUGUAAAAUACCAUAGCGAAUGCUAGCUAAAUGCUAACAAACACAUGCAAACAUUUUAUACAGUCUCUUACAAACUAUUUGCAGGACAGACAUCCCAGCACAUAAAGUUAUAGAAGUAACUAAAAAAAUGCUACAGUUUGCUGCACGCAUAAAACAAAUAUUAGACAGUAUGGCUCUUGAUCCAGGAGGGGAUUCUCUGCUGUUACCAAUAGAGGAUCUUGAUUGCAGGAAGCUAACCACUUAGCUAGAUAACUAGCUGCUAAGUUAGCAAACCAAAUACACAACUGCAGAGCAUCUAGCACAUAUCUAGCUGGCAAACAUUUAGUUAUGAAUUCCAUACUGUAACUAGAUAACCUGGCGCAUGCUGCACAAUGGUGAGUGACUCACCAGGCUCCGGUCUCUCGUCGUUGUGCACUUGUAAAUAAGCAAUAAAAAGUAGCUACAAAUAUUAAGAUUUAUUAAACAUUAAAGAAAUAGUUUCAACAGUAUUGAAAAAACAUCCCGUGGCUAUUUCCAAAUACCCCGGUAUACGGUAUAUAUACGGUGUACCGCCCAAUCCUAAUGUAUGCCGGGUUUUAUUCUCUCCCUGCUUUGUGCUCUCCAGGUCCGAGAUCUGUUUGUCAUGGCCCGUAAGAACGCCCCUUGCAUCCUCUUCAUCGACGAGAUUGACGCCGUGGGGCGCAAGCGAGGCAGAGGGAACUUUGGUGGCCAGAGUGAGCAGGAAAACACCCUCAAUCAGCUGCUGGUCGAGAUGGAUGGUGUGUAUCGCUCAAGGCUCUGCAAAAAUGAAUAGUUCAUCAUCAAAUCCAGCUGAAAUUGCCAUGACUGGGGCAAUAAAUGCCCCAGAAAAAUACGUAGUCCACUCAUUUUUGCGAGGGCUGUCUCUACACAGGCCGCCGCAGUAGGGACGGGCACGGUUAUUCAAAUAUCCGAAUGGACGUUAGUAUUCGAUUACUUGGGAGAGUAUUCAUUUUUGAGAAAGAGAAAAUAGGAAAUGAAGUGGGAGAUUUUUAAUCAAUGCAAAAUGGAAUUCAAAUUACGGAAUGAAGUUGGUGAAAUGAGGAGUGGGCUACAAUGAUCAACCAACAGGCAGGCUGUUGUUUCAUAUGAAUGGAGUUGUUGUAGACAUUGGACAGGGAGCGCAUCAAUUAGCCAUGCUACUUUAGCUAGCUAGCUGGCAACUGUAGCUAGCCAGCUAGCUUCUUUUACAACGAUUUGAUGCAGUCAAGACAGGCACUACCAGAUGGUAGGAUUGAUAACCUAUGGCAGCAACAAGUUUGUCUAACUAGCGAGAUUCGGUUUGGCUACUCCUCCGUGCCCCACACAUAUACACUGUAAGAGUGCAAUGCGCCGUCUCGCUCUCGCGAGUUGCGUGAGCAGAGUCUCCAUUGAAGUUAGAAAAAUAUAUACAACAUCCUUUAAAACACAUGUAUUCCGACUAUCCGAAAAAAAAAAAUGCUAUUCGAAUACUGAAAUCAUUUCAAAUGCCCAUCCCUACUCCACAGUGGUUAAAUUGGGCCAGAGCCACCCGGGGCAUCUUGGGUUAGAACGAGAGCUUGGCGUAGCCGGGCUUUAGCACCAAAGAGAAAAAUAAAUAGCCUAAUUUAUUAAUAUCUUCUAAACUAAUGACGACUCCUUGACUUUUAAAUCUUUAAAAUAGCGACACUGUAGCCCACAACCCAACAAUGCCGUUAUUAAACGAUAUCAUAACCAACCAUUUGGUGGGAGUAGAGGGAAGUUGGAGGUAUCCAUGCGCUUGUAUGUCUGUGACCUGAUGUAUAGGAGUGAUCAUAAAAGUUGUUUAUUUGCACUUUUACUUUUUGGGGGUUUAUUGCAGAACACCAGUUAUGCCCAAUGUUGACUCUAAUGUAUGUAUUUUCGGAGAUUGAAAUGAUCAUUAGACCAGUGUUUCUUAAUCCUGGUCCAGCAGACCCAAAGGGGUUGACAUUAUAUAUAUUUUUUGCCCUAGCACUACACACCUGAUUCCGCUAAUCAAAGGUUUGAUAGUUGAUUCAGUGUUUCCCCUAGGGGGGACUUGGUAUUGGGCGUGGUCAAUUGCACGGUCUCCGAUCGACGUUUUUAACGGCCGCCGUCUUGGCCGCAGAGACAACAUUUUUUCGGUUGAAUGCUAAUUUUCUGCAAUUCUACACCUUUUCAUGGGCUGAGAGGAAAAAAACGUCAGUUUUAAAGCUACUUUCCUGCAAUUCUCUGUGUUCUUAUGCCAUCUGAGUGACUCAAACAUUAUUACAAAAUAAAUGGGGGCCCCAUGCCAAAUUUUAGGUUCUCUCUCUAAAUGUAUUUUUGUUCUCUAAAUAUAUAUAUAUAUUUUGUAUAGCUUGUUUAUCUUUUCUACAUACUUUUAGUUUUAAGUUUACACCAACCACGUUUACGUCCACAGUUUGGUGUCCAUUUGGUGGAAACACCAAUGCACAAAUUGUCUUUAUGCGGAUUCUAGAAUAUUCUGUGUGUGUCCCCCCCCCCCCCCCCCCCCCCUAUAUUUCUUGGAGUGGCGGCCCGCUACUGCUAAAUGAAUAUAGGGGAAACACUGUGAUAAUGGAAUCAGGUGUGUGGUGCUAGGGUAAAAACUAAAAUCUGCACCCCUUUGGUUCCCCCAGGACCAGGAAUAAUAAAAAAAAAAACACUGAUUUAGACAGAAUCCAUAUAACACUGUCGCCUACAUUUUUUUUUUUUUUUUCUCUGUUUCCAGGGUUCAACACAGCGACCAAUGUAGUAGUGCUAGCCGGUACCAACAGACCUGACAUCCUGGACCCUGCACUGAUGAGGCCCGGACGCUUUGACAGACAGAUUUACAUUGGUACAAGCCCAUCGUUUUUUGUUUUUAAUCAUAUGCCCUCCCCUGACUGCUAGGGUUUCCUCCUGUUCUGGAUUAAUGUAGUUGUUGGAUAUGGUAAAGAAAAAUAUGAAUCCACUGUAAUACAGGAAAAUUGGGUCAACCUUUAGUUGAUGCUGAAAGGAAUGACCAAGUUAGGAAACUGUAAAAAUCUUUUGAACAUUGGUAACAUUUUGUUUUCGCAGGUCAUCCUGACAUUAAAGGCAGAUCGUCCAUAUUUAAGGUGCACUUGAGGCCUUUGAAAAUGGAUGCAGAGAUGGACAAAGAAGCUCUCGCCAGGAAAAUGGCUGCCCUCACCCCGGGCUUCUCAGGUGGGUAUUUGAGGCACACUGGGGAUGCCAUCCUAGACAAUGGUGUCAAAACUGCCGUCAUUGUGUUUCUAUAGGCCUAGUUAAAAUGAUCACAAACUGUUAUCAUAUGUAGAAUGUCAUAUACUGCAUACCAGGGUUUCCGUUAGCUGGUAAUUGCCGAUUUAAAAAAAAAAAAAAAAAUAAUAAUAAUAAUUUAAAGCUGCAAUAGGUAAGUUUUUGGGCGACCCAACGAAAUUCAGAUAGAAAUUUGAGUUGUAGAUCUGUCAUCCUCAUUGACUUCAAGUCUUAAGAAGUGGUAGAUCUGUUCUAUGUGCACUAUUUCUAUGCUUCCUGUGCUUAAGUUUCGUUUUUUGCAUCUUACUUUCGGUAUUGUACACCAGCUGAAAAUCUAAUAUUUUUGGUUAUGGAAAAGGUAUCACAGCGGUUGAGAUGGUAAAAUGAAUCUCUACACUGUAUUUGCUUGUUUUGUCACAUCAACUGAAAUUAGGCGAACUAGUAGAAUUUUAGCAACCAGGAAAUGGCGGAGCGAUUUCUGCAUAGUGCAUCAUUAAAAGCCGAUAAAUAAAAUUGUAGCCGGCCAAAUCUUCCCGAGAUGCAUAUCAUACAACCCGAUUGCUCGCUUCAGCACCAUUCUCUCACGCCUUGCGCGCUGACUUACGUCAUGCUGUCUGUUGAGAGAGCAAGAUUGGAGCCUUGGGCAACUGUUGAUUAAGAGGAUGGGAGGCCUUUUUUAAUUGAAGUAAAACGAAAAUGUGAGAGUAAUGCCUAUAGUGAAAAGCCUACAAGGGGAAUGUCCUCCUUAUGGACAAGUUUUAAUGUUGUAGUGAACAAAGAUGGGAAGAAUGUUGGCACGGCCAAAAGCAGGCUACUGUGCAACUCUCUAUUCAGGUAGGAUGCAAUUUAUUUACUUUAUUAAUUUUUUCGUAUUUAUAAUCAUUUGUUUUAUCAUUAUUAUUGUUACUGUAUAUCAUUGUUAUUAUUGUAGGCAUAUUUAUUAAUCAAAACCAGUCUUUAAAUAUGUAAAACGUGUUUUGUUUCAUUCUGUUGACAAUUUAAUUGGCUAAAUUAAGUUUGAUCUGUCUUUUUUAAUUGUGUGCUCCGUAUUUAGUUUAAGAGGGGUUAUAAGUAGGCCUGUUGUAAAAUAAAUAUUAGCUUAUUGCUGUCAUUUGUUGGGUACGGUAGGCACUAGCCUUUCUUGGUAAUUGCUGCAAAUACAGCCUGUACAAAACUUUUGUGAAGGUUUUAUUAAACCAGUUUGCAAAUGUUUUGUUUCAUUCUGAGCCAUUUUCUUUGGGCAAAUUUAAGUUCCAACUGUGAUGUUGUGUUUGCCGCAAUAUAAUGUCCUGCUCAGAUUUUCCCUAUAAAAAAAAAUGGCUUGGCUUGGUGUUUUGGUUUGGUGUGGCUGUUAGCCUAUUAUACUGCAUGCCAAUGAAAUGAAGGCAUUGCGCACCGUCGCACCAACUGACAGUUGAACGUGAGGUGAGGAAGAAUGUUUUAGAGUUACCAGAGUUGCACCACAAUCUUACAAUAUAGUUCUUCUCUUUAUUUUAAAAAAAUAUUCUGAUUUGAAAAUUUACGAAGUAGCCUCCUUCUGUACCCCUAUAUCUGUAUAGCAGACGCCGUAGUCUGACAAGGAUAAUGAAAUGCAUGUCGGUGUCGUUAGAUAACGGAGGCGUAUCUCUCUCUUUCUCUGGGGCUAGGCCUAAGCUUCUCUUCCUUUUUAUAUGAAUUUGUUAUAAAUAUUAAUAUCAUACAGUGGACUCCUAAGCCUUUAGGGCUACGCAUGCAAUGCCUUGCUGCAUUUAGUGCUCAAAUCUCCCGACAGCUGAACCAUGAGGUGGACAAUUAUUAUUUUAGGAAAGUAAAAACCAAUAAAACAAUAGGCUAGAAAGUUUUGUAAUGCUGCACAUCGAAACACAAAGAAUAGUGUUUUUGUUAUAGGCUGUUUUUAAGGACACGUAAUUAUCCCUCGUUUAUUGAUGGCGCUGGCUGCGUGGAUGGACCCCCUAAUGGAUUACGGAUCCAAUGCAUAUGGGAUGACCAGCACAUUUCUCAAAUGUCAGAUAAAUUAAAAUCUUCCCGGUCACUUGUCUGGCGAAAACCCUGCUGCUUACAUACUGUAUGACGUAGCAUUUUCCCUGUACAUUUUCAUAUUGAUAUUUGUAUAAAAAAAUAAAAUACAAAUUUGACUGAAGCAGUUUACUUACACUUAUUUUGGAAGGUUUUUCUUACAAUGUUCAUAUUAUUAUACAUAUAUUUUUUUGCCUUUUAAUUUUAAAAAUGCUCGUUGAAAACUGCUCUGGAUGAGGCUAAACUAUAUUUAUAAAAAAUAAAUAAUUAUAAUUAUAUUCUGCUUUGUUAGGUGCUGAUAUUGCCAAUGUGUGCAACGAAGCCGCCCUGAUUGCUGCUCGCCACCUAGCGGACUCCAUCAACCACAAGCACUUUGAGCAGGCCAUUGAACGUGUGAUCGGAGGUGAGCACAAGCACGUACAGUUGAAGUCGGAAGUUUACAUACGCUUAGGUUGGAGUCAUUAAAACUCAUUUUUCAACCACUCCACAAUGUAUUUUAUACAUUGUAGAAUAAUUAUGAAGACAUCAAAACUAUGAAAUAACACAUGGAAUCAUGUAGUAACCAAAAAAGUGUUAAACAAAUCAAAAUAUAUUUUAUAUUUGAGAUUCUUCAAAUAGCCACCAUUUGCCGUGAUGACAGCUUUGCACACUCUUGGCAUUCUCUCAACCAGCUUUACCUGGAAUGCUUUUCCAACAGUCUUGAAGGAGUUCCCAAAUAUGCUGAGCACUUGUUGGCUGCUUUUGCUUCACUCUGCGGUCCAACUCAUCCCAAACCAUCUCAAUUGGGUUGAGGUUGGGUGAUUGUGGAGGCCAGGUCAUCUGAUGCAGCACUCCAUCACAUCCUUCUUGGAAAAUAGCCCUUACACAGCCUGGAGGUGUGUUGGGUCAUUGUCCUGUUGAAAAACAAAUGAUAGUCCCACUAAGCCCAAGCAAGUCUAUUCUUCUUAUUGGUGUCCUUUAGUAGUGGUUUCUUUGCAUCAAUUCGACCAAUGACGUAAAUGUAAAUGUAAUUCACACAGACUCCUCUGAACAGUUGAUGUUGAGAUGUGUCUGUUACUUGAACUUUGUGAAGCAUUUAUUUGGGCUGCAAUUUCUGAGGCUGGUAACUCUAAUGAACGUAUCUUCUGCAGCAGAGGUAACUCUGGGUCUUCCAUUCCUGUGGCGGUCCUCGUGAGAGCCAGUUUAAUCAUAGCGCUUGAUGGUUUUUGCGACUGCACUUGAAGAAACUUUCAAAGUUCUUGAAAUGUUCCGUAUUGACUGACAUUCAUGUCUUUUAAAGUAAUGAUGGACUGUCGUUUCUCUUUGCUUAUUUGAGCUGUGCUUGCCAUAAAAUGGACUUGGUCCUUUACCAAAUAGGGCUAUCUUCUGUAUACCCCCCCAACUUUGUCACAACACAACUGAUUGGCUCAAACGCAUUAAGAAGGAAAGAAAUUCCACAAAUUAACUUUUAAGAAGUCACACCUGUUAAUUGAAAUACAUUCCAGGUGACUACCUCAUGAAGCUGGUUGAGAGAAUGCCAAUAGUGUGCAAAGCUGUCAUCAAGACAAAGGGUGGCUAGUAUUUUGAAGAAUCUCAAAUAUAAAAUAUAUUUUGAUUUGUUUAACGCUUCUUUGGUUACUACAUGAUUCCAUAUGUGUUAUUUCAUAGUUUUGAUGUCUUCACUAUUAUUCUACAAUGUAGAACAUAGUAAAAGUAAAGAAAAACCGUUGAAUUAGUAGGUGUUGUACAACUUUUGACCGGUAGUGUACGUACACAAAUGGACACAUACUGAUUUUUGGCAUUUUUCCUAUUUUGUUGCCUUACAACCUGGAAUUAAAAUGAAUUUUUUGGGGGUUUGUAUCAUUUGAAUUACACAACAUGCCUACCACGUUGAAGAUGCAAAAUAUUUUUUAUUGUAAAGCAAACAAGAAAAAGACAAAAAAAACAGAACUUGAGCGUGCAUAACUAUUCACCCCCCCAAAGUCAAUACAUUGUAGAACCACCUUUUGCAGCAAUUACAGCUGCAAGUCUCUUGGGGUAUGUCUCGAUAAGCUUGGCAUAUCUAGCCACUGGGAUUUUUGCCCAUUCUUCAAGGCAAAACUGCUCCAGCUCCUUCAAGUUGGAUGGGUUCCGCUGGUGUACAGCAAUAUUUAAGUCAUACCACAGAUUCUCAAUUGGAUUGAGGUCUGGGCUUUGACUAGGCCAUUCCAAGACAUUUAAAUGUUUCCCCUUAAACCACUCGAGUGUUGCUUUAGCAGUAUGCUUAGGGUCAUUGUCCUGCUGGAAGGUGAACCUCAGUCCCAGUCUCAAAUCUCUGGAAGACUGAAACAGGUUUCCCUCAAGGAUUUCCCUGUAUUUAGCGCCAUACAUCAUUCCUUCAGUUCUGACCAGUUUCCCAGUCCCUGCCGAUGGAAAAACAUCCCCACAGCAUGAUGCUGCCACCACCAUGCUUCACUGUGGGGAUGGUGUUCUCGGGGUGAUGAGAGGUGUUGGGUUUGCGCCAGACAUAGCGAUUUCCUUGAUGGCCAAAAAGCUCAAUUUUAGUGUCAUCUGACCAGCGUACCUUCUUCCAUAUGUUUGGGGAGUCUCCCACAUGCCUUUUGGCGAACACCAAACGUGUUUGCUUAAUUUUUUUCUUUAAGCAAUGGCUUUUUUCUGCCCACUCUUCUGUAAAGCCCAGCUCUGUGGAGUGUAUGGCUUAAAGUGUUCCUAUGGACAGAUACUCCAAUCUCCGCUGUGGAGCUUUGCAGCUCCUUCAGGGUUAUCUUUGGUCUCUUUGUUGCCUCUCUGAUUAAUGCCCUCCUUGCCUGGUCCGUGAGUUUUGUUGGGCGGCCCUCUCUUGGCAGGUUUGUUGUGGUGCCAUAUUCUUUCCAUGUUUUAAUAAUGGAUUUAAUGGUCCUCCGUGGGAUGUUCAAAGUUUCUGAUAUUUUUUUAUAACCCAACCCAGAUCUGUGUACUUCUCCACAACUUUGUCCCUGACCUGUUUGGAGAGCUCCUUGGUCUUCAUGGUGCUGCUUGCUUGGUGGUGGGGCCUUUCAGAACAGGUGUAUAUAUACUGAGAUCAUGUGACAGAUCAUGUGACACUUAGAUUGCACACAGGUGGACUUUAUUGAACUAAUUAUGUGACUUCUGAAGGUAAUUGGUUGCACCAGAUCUUACUUAGGGGCUUCAUAGCAAAGGGGGUGAAUACAUAUGCACGCACCUCUUUUCCGUUAUUUAUUUUUUAGAAUUUCUUGAAACAAGUUAUUUUUUUAAUUUCACUUCACCAAUUUGGACUAUUUUGUGUAUGUCCAUUACAUUAAAUCCAAAUAAAAAUCAAUUUAAAUUACAGGUUGUAAUGCAACAAAAUAGGAAAAAUGCCAAGACGGAUUAAUACUUUUGCAAGGCACUUUAUGUAUUGGCUACUUACAAGCUGUGUUGUCAAGACCAGCAAACCGUAGAGAUGUAAGGAACUCUUAUGUGAGUACUCUUGUCAAUUGUAAUGUCAAUUACAUUUCACCUGAAAUUGAUUAAACUGAAAUGUAUUCCAAUCAAUAUGCUCAAAUUGAACUGGUGUGGCUUGAUACUCUCUGCUGGACUUUUUACAGAGCAACAAAGAUCAAACGUCAUACAUCGAUUACUCACGCCUUCCCUUCUGUUCUGCCUCCUUCAUUCAACCUAGCUAUAUAAAUUGGGUACCUGCUUUGUCAUGCAGAUUGUUUCGAUAGUCGCACAGAUCUGUCAACUCCUUUCUGUUGUUGAAUGUCCAGGUCUGGAGAAGAAGACUCAGGUCCUGCAGCCUGAGGAGAAGACGACUGUAGCUUACCACGAGGCAGGGCAUGCUGUGGCAGGCUGGUACCUGGAGCACGCUGACCCUCUGCUUAAGGUAGAUCCUAGUCACUACCAACAUUCUACCUACCACUCUAUAUUGGUAGACCCUAGUCACUACCAACAUUCUAUACGGGUAGACCCUAGUCACUACCAACAUUCUACCUACCACUCUAUAUUGGUAGACCCUAGUUACUACCAACAUUCUACCUACCACUCUAUACGGGUAGACCCUAGUCACUACCAACAUUCUACCUACCACUCUAUAUUGGUAGACCCUAGUCACUACCAACAUUCUACCUACCACUCUAUAUUGGUAGACCCUAGUCACUACCAACAUUCUACCUACCACUCUAUAUUGGUAGACCCUAGUCACUACCAACAUUCUAUACGGGUAGACCCUAGUCACUACCAACAUUCUACCUACCACUCUAUAUUGGUAGACCCUAGUCACUACCAACAUUCUACCUACCACUCUAUAUGGGUAGACCCUAGUCACUACCAACAUUCUAUACGGGUAGACCCUAGUCACUACCAACAUUCUACCUACCACUCUAUAUUGGUAGACCCUAGUCACUACCAACAUUCUACCUACCACUCUAUAUGGGUAGACCCUAGUCACUACCAACAUUCUAUACGGGUAGACCCUAGUCACUACCAACAUUCUACCUACCACUCUAUAUUGGUAGACCCUAGUCACUACCAACAUUCUACCUACCACUCUAUAUGGGUAGACCCUAGUCACUACCAACAUUCUACCUACUACUCUAUAUUGGUAGACCCUAGUCACUACCAACAUUCUAUACGGGUAGACCCUAGUCACUACCAACAUUCUACCUACCACUCUAUAUUGGUAGACCCUAGUCACUACCAACAUUCUACCUACCACUCUAUACGGGUAGACCCUAGUCACUACCAACAUUCUACCUACUACUCUAUAUUGGUAGACCCUAGUCACUACCAACAUUCUACCUACCACUCUAUUGGUAGACCCUAGUCACUACCAAAAUUCUACCUACCACUCUAUACGGGUAGACCCUAGUCACUACCAACAUUAUACCUACCACUCUAUAUGGGUAGACCCUAGUCACUACCAACAUUCUACCUACCACUCUAUAUGGGUAGACCCUAGUCACUACCAACAUUCUACCUACCACUCUAUAUUGGUAGACCCUAGUCACUACCAACAUUCUACCUACCACUCUAUAUGGGUAGACCCUAGUCACUACCAACAUUCUACCUACCACUCUAUACGGGUAGACCCUAGUCACUACCAACAUUCUACCUACCACUCUAUACGGGUAGACCCUAGUCACUACCAACAUUCUACCUACCACUCUAUACGGGUAGACCCUAGUCACUACCAACAUUCUACCUACCACUCUAUACGGGUAGACCCUAGUCACUACCAACAUUCUACCUACCACUCUAUACGGGUAGACCCUAGUCACUACCAACAUUCUACCUACCACUCUAUACGGGUAGACCCUAGUCACUACCAACAUUCUACCUACCACUCUAUACGGGUAGACCCUAGUCACUACCAACAUUCUACCUACCACUCUAUACGGGUAGACCCUAGUCACUACCAACAUUCUACCUACCACUCUAUACGGGUAGACCCUAGUCACUACCAACAUUCUACCUACCACUCUAUAUGGGUAGACCCCAGGCUGAUCGUUGUUUUGACCCAGUCGUUAAUGCUAAUCAUUCUAUUCAUUCAACGUUUUAUAUGCUAAACAAAUCAUUAGCAUGUACCUAGCUAGCAGAGAUUCACUGAGGAUGAGCGACAAGAACGUUCAUUAUUUAAUACAUCUACAAUAGGCCGCACUGCGCUGGUUAAUUAAUGGAAUUCUGAGUGUUUACGGUUUCCGUGGUGAAUUAUUAGUUUUACGUUCAUUCUUGGGCUACUGGCACGGGAGAUGUUUAAUUUGACAAAUGUGAUAUUGUUACACAGGUCGUAGAGGCAGACGGGUAGAUCUAUACAAACCCCAACUGUUGCAAACCAAAUGGUGGCAUGGACAAAUAAUGUGUAGAUAUUUUCCCCCCGAGAGAGAUUAAGUUUAUGAAUUUCCUGCCUGGGGGACAGUGGAAUUAUGACAUUAAUACGUCAUGGUAUUUUGCGGGAGGAGUUGUCCCACUAAACCUAACCCACCAUCCAGGAUCCAAACAACCUGUUUUAUAAUAUUAACGCUAUACAUUUAUUUACAUUUUAGUCAUUUAGCAGACGCUCUUAUCCAGAGCGACUUACAUGAGCAAUUAGGGUUAAGUGCCUUGCUUAAGGGCACAUCGACAGAUUUUUCACCUAGUCGGCUCGGGGAUUAGAACCAGCGACCUUUCGGUUACUGGCACAACGCUCUUACCCACUAAGCUACCUGCCGCCCUGUACUGGACUGUAGUGGUCUUUAACCAUGCAUUCUUAGGAAAAGUGUUAUGUUAAUAUUGGCGGUUUUGUAAAGCAUUAGUCUGACUAGGUCUAGAGAAUAUAUGCAUACUUUGCAACAUAUUAAAGUGAUAGUUCACUUUCUUUCUUUUGAUGUUUUAGGCAAUAACAUACGAUUUUAAUACUGGUUGACCAAUAACUGCCCGGCUCUACUUACCUCAAUCUGCGUAAUACAUUUUACACGAGGGACAUUUGCCCAUUGUCUAGUUGUCCCAUCUGUCUGGCUCAACUUACCUCUGAAUCUGCGUCAUCUCUUGACACGUCUGACAUUUUGUCCUCUCUCCAGGUAUCCAUCAUCCCCAGGGGCAAAGGGUUGGGCUACGCCCAGUACCUGCCCAAGGAGCAGUACCUAUAUACGAAGGAGCAGCUGUUGGACAGGAUGUGCAUGACGCUGGGUGGCCGCGUGUCCGAGGAGAUCUUCUUCGGCCGCAUCACCACGGGGGCCCAGGACGACCUCAGGAAGGUCACCCAGAGCGCGUACGCCCAGGUCCGUCUCCCCCCCCCACACCCCCACCCCCACCCCAACCACACCACCAGAUUUAUUAGCAUUUUAUUGGAGUUUUUCUUUGUGUUUCACUGGGCUAGUACACAAUUGGGUUUUUGGUUAUGAUCGGGUAAGACGGUUGUACUAAUCUCAUGAAGGUGUAUAUAUAUGUCACAUUCCAGUUAUUUAUUUAUUUUAAAGUAGAGUGGAUUAUCACUCUUUUUGUAAUAUUUACAUAUGACAUAUUUGCGUUUUAUUGAGACAGUAAUGAAAAGAGAUGGAGAGACAUUCAAGUGGGAGAGUCGGUGAGAGGGGAGGACCUGAGGCUUGAACUCAAGUUUCCGGCGGGGAGAAGCAUACACUGAGUGUACAAAACAUUAGGAACACCUGGUCUUUCCAUGACAGACUGACCAGGUGAAUCCAGGAUGAAAGCUAUGAUCCCUUAUUGAUGUCACCUGUUAAAUCCACUUCAAUCAAUGUAGGUGAAGGGGAGGAGACAUGGUUAAAGAAGGGUUUUUAAGCCUUGAGACAUGGAUUGUGUAUGUGUGCCAUUCAGAGGGUGUAUGGGCAAGACAAAAUAUUGAAAUGCCUUUUGAACGGGGUAUGAUGGUAGGUGUCAGGUGCCCCGUUUUGGAGUGUGUGAAGAACUGCAAUGCUACUGGGUUUUUCACGCUCAACAGUUUCCCCGUGUGAAUGGUCAAGAAUGGUCCACCAACUCCUUGUGUUUUGGGUUGUGUACUUGUGACGAGACCUCCAGACCAUGGUGCCUGCACAUAUUACAUGUCUUUUUUUUUAUUGAAUAUACUGACAAUCUUGCAGGCUAUCCAAUAAAGUGUUACUCUGUUUCUACUCCUUUUUUUGUCUUUACAGAUCGUGCAGUUUGGCAUGAACGACAAGGUGGGCCAGGUGUCCUUCGACUUGCCCCGGCAAGGCGAGAUGACCCUCGAGAAGCCAUACAGCGAGGCCACGGCUCGCCUCAUCGACACGGAGGUACGCAAUCUCAUCCGAGAGGCCUACGAGCGCACUCACACUCUACUGGCCGAGAAGAAAGCCGACGUGGAGAAGGUACGUGUGGGAGAGGGAGGGAGUGGUGGUAUGGACACGCAGACAAGCACUUACUCACAGGCUUACACUGUUUCACUCAUACAGACACACAAGUAAAACCUAAGCCGAAAUGUAAUACAUUUACCUUCAAUGGUUGCCUGGUCAGGUGGCGCAGCGUCUGCUGGAGAAGGAAGUCCUGGACAAGAAGGACAUGGUGGAGAUGCUGGGGAAGCGGCCGUUCGCUGAGAAGUCCACCUACGAGGAGUUUGUGGAGGGCACGGGGGGUAUGGAUGAGGACACAUCCCUGCCUGAGGGCCUGAAGGACUGGAACAAAGAGCGUGACAAGGACAAGGAGGAAAGCACAGAGGAGCAGGUAGCCCGACAGAUCUCCGGAGGGAUGCCCUUCUAACGGGGACUGCUUGGCCUCACCAAGGGUUGUUUUUUUUAGUAUGUGGCUGUACUGAGAUUAGAACAGGUUGGUGUUAGAACGGAUCCUGUGGAAGGACCUCGGUAAGCCCCGCCUAAACGUUACUUCGACUGAACCAUGCCCAGGAUCCCUCUGAUUGGUCAGUUGCGUCCUUUGCAAUGGUCAUGGGCGUAUUCAGCGAGAUGAAACAUUCUGAACGUUGCAGAUAUAAAUGUCACAGGAGUUAAAGUUCUGUCAUUGAUGAGGUUUGAGUAAAAAAAAAAUACAUG